AUGCUGAAAUCCGCCACAGGAUCCCUUGUAAAUGUCCUGAAAAGGUCAUUGGUUCCUACAGUUAGGGCCAGUGCAAUACAAGUGAGGAGGUCACACGAUGGUCCCGUUGAAUCCGAUGAAGAAUUCGAUAGCAGAUACGAAGCCUUCUUCAACAGAAAAGAUAUUGAUGGCUGGGAGAUUCGCCAAGGAAUGAACGACUUGUGCGGUAUGGACCUUGUCCCAGACCCAAAGAUCAUUAAGGCUGCACUCCACGCUUGCAGACGAGUAAAUGACUAUGCUCUUGCAAUCCGAUUUAUUGAGGCAUGCAAAAACAAAUGUGGUAACAAGGUUAAUGAAAUCUAUCCUUACAUCAUCCAAGAAAUCAAACCCACACUGACUGAACUUGGUAUUGAGACUCCGGAGGAACUUGGUUAUGACAAACCAGAAUUAGCAUUGAAAAGUGUUUAUGAGGUUUAA